CUCGUGUCCAGAGCCAGUCAGCCGAAACACAGAGCCUCUUGGUUGUGAAGCAGGAAGUCGGGGCGAAACCCUGCAAUGUGUUGGGUUUAAAAAAAUACUUGAGAGAGUUCCUUCCCAUCUGCUGGUUUUCGCUAAAUGCCUGAAGCGACCAAGGGCCAAAGGCAGGAGGACUGUCGGCCUCUGCCGUGGGUGGCAGGAACCCGGUCACUUGUUCUACCUCCCCCGGGGUCUGCAUUGGCAGGAAGCCGGAGUCCAGGGCCAGGGCCCAGCAUUGCAGGGGCAGGGGGGCUCCCCACAGGGGACCUGGGAGACUGUAGGCCUCGAGCCCGUUAGACCUGCUGCAGAUCCACCAGGUAAGACUUCCUUGAGGCCUUUCUGCCUCCAAACAAGCUUGCCAUGUUUUCUGAGCCCAAACAGCUCCUCAAAAUAAAGCUGACUGGACCGCUUGUCACUCGGAGUGACAAUCCAAUUCCUUCUGACCCCUGGCUCCUGCUUUCUGCAGCUUCUUUCAACGCCUUGCGUAAGGAGUGGGAAUCCUGUAACUAAGACCCCUGAAUACUUUCUGAGCUUUACCCGAUGCUUCCGCAGGCUCCAGAACACAGGUGACACUGGCCUGUUUGUUUCUGCUAGGUGGCCCCUUGGCAGAGGUUUUUGAAUUUUGUGUUCGCUUACACACCCAAGACACAUAACAGCUGAGCGGUAUAGGCAGCCAGCAGUUAGAUUUCACUAGCACUUCGAUUUGCUACAGCUAGUCUGUGGCCUCAGAAACUAGAUUUUAGAACUCAGUCACGCAAGGAACAUAUACACUUCCGCAUCUCAAUUACACAGUCACGGACUUCAGGAGAGGGGGGUCGAACUUGGGAUUCGCUUUUGAGGGACAGGGCUUAAGGGUUUGGGGAAGCGGCUGCCUCAUAACACUUGAAAUACUCACCGGUUGUCACCUCCGUGGCGCCGGGCAGACGUGACCCGGAAAUCAGGACGCCCCGCCCCCGGAGCGUGUGACGCAACGCGCCACGCCGUAGCUACUCGAGAGGGCGGUGUCUGGGCGGAACUGCGCCUGCGCAUCAGCCGUUUCCCAGGCUCCCGCGCCUGCGCUCUUGUCCACCACACCUCAGAGCCAAAAGGGGCCAUGGUGCUGUCGGAGUUGGCUAUCCGCUUGAACUGUACAGAGUACAAGAACUGGGUGAAGGCUGGUCACUGCUUGCUGCUUUUGCGCAGCUGCCUGCAGGGCUUCGUCGGCCAGGAAGUGCUCUCCUUCCAUCGCAGCCUGCUCGCCGCAACUCCCAGCCUCGGCCCCCGCGCCACCUGUCGCGGCGGCUCCCGUUGCAGUCCGCGCGCCCGCCAGUUUCAGCCUCAGUGUGAGGUGUGCGCAGAGUGGAAACGGGAGAUUUUGAAACAUCACGUCAACCGGAAUGGAGACGUGCACUGGGGAAACUGCCGACCGGGUCUCUGGCCUGUCGACGCCUGGGAGGUGGCAAAGGCCUUCAUGCCCCGAGGACUGACAGGCAAGAAAGGACCCGAGGAAUGUGACGCAGUUGCGCUUUUAAGCCUCAUCAACUCCUGUGAUCACUUUGUGGUUGAUCGAAAAAGAGUUACAGAGGUGAUUAGGUGUCGUAAUGAGAUCAUGCACUCUUCAGACAUGAAAGUAUCCUCCACGUGGCUUCAGGACUUUCAGGUGAAGAUCCAGAAUUUUCUGAGUGAAUUCAAGACUAUCCCAGAGAUUGUGGCGGCAAACUCCAGAAUUGAACAGCUGUUGCUUUCCGACUGGGCAGUUUACCUCCCCGAGGGAGAUCAGCUAGAUGGCUGUGAAUGUGCCGAGGGAACUUACAUGAGCAUCAGCCAAGUGAAUGAAAUUGAAGUGGAGUUGCUAAAGGAGAAACUUCAGGAGCUGUACAUGCAAGCGGAAGAACCAGACGUGUCACCUCAAGAGAUCUCGGAUCGACUGGCAGCGAUGAAGGAAUUUCUGAGAAACAAUGAGGAUCUUAGAAACGGUCUCCUGGAAGACAUGCAGAAGCUAGACAGCCUCCACCUACAGCACCAGAAACCAGAGGCAGAGGAGCCUGGGGAGGAACCGCCUGCAAGUGCAACCGAAGGUUGCCCUCCAGCAAAAAUCAGGCGAGUUCCGUGAGAAUCAGCGUGGCUUCUAUCUCGGAGUCCGGUACCUGAACACAAAGGAACUCCUGGGAUUUUUCUUCCCCCUGGACUUUCCUUUGAUUCUUUGGGAAAAAGGUUUUUUUUUUUCCCCCCCACUAUGUAUAUCCAGAAACUUGGGGUUAUAUAAUCUAUACCACUCAAACAUAAGACAUACUCUUGUGCCAAUACUUGUUACCAUUCAGGGAUCUUGGGCUACUUAAAAGCUGCCAUUCUUUUCUGGUCCCAAACUCCAGCUGCUUAAGCUAGUAUAGGCUAAAUUUGGUCAGGCCUGCACCAUCCCCAGCAGACAUAGCCUGCCCCCACUGCUGCCCGAAGUCUUCCUCAUGGCGGAUGCCUGCAGGUAUGCUGCGCUAGCCAUGAAAAAAAUCCUCCCUCGCUUUGUGCAGGAUGGUAAGAAGGAAAAUAGGCUGAGGGGUCAUUUUCAAACUCUUUCCAUUUAAUGUGGAACUGUUAGUACUAGGUUGGAGUAGCCUGAGGCAACAGGACUUGAGAGGCGGGGGUGGGGAGAUGGGGGGGGAUAGCGUGGGCCAUUACAUCAGGACUGGAGAACAGUUAACUUGCCUGGCCAGUAAGGGGAGGGCCGAGUGGCAUGUUAGGGGCACAGUUCCGCACCUGGCAGCUUGUGGAUGAGGUGCUUAUACCAAGUGAGCUAUGGCCGUCACUGCGCUUAUGUGUGGAGCACAGGGCCUGGGGCUCACACAUACCCAGAAAGGCCGGACACCUGCUGGCUCAGGGUGUGCCUAGGCAAGACUGUGAAUUGUACUCCUGAACCUGGGGCCUCAUUAGGAAACAUAAGAAUCCAUUUUCAUAAUUCUUAUGGAGCUACAAGAGAUCUUUUAUUUCUUUUUUUUUUUAAGAUAUAUUUUAUUUUUUAUUGAAAAGUCAGAUAUAC